AAGCUUGAAGAGGGAAUGACCGUCCAAGUCUUCCAUGUAUUUGAUCUGCCAUGUUCCUUGAUAUUACACCAAUUCGUGUUUCUUAACUCAGUAUCAUGCGCUUAGAAUCAGUGGUUCCUUCAAUCCCUGCAGAACUGGUAGCAGCACUCGACCGUUCGUGCGGCAUCCGAACAGACACCGAUCUUCUCUUCUUUGGUUCCAGCUUAGACAUUAUCAAGAAAUUACCACUCGGGACUGUAACGCUUUCAGACCUGGAGAAGUUCACCGAAUUAGUAGCAGAAAAGGCAUCGGUCCCUGGGCAUCGGGGAGACGAGAUUCUUGCCGGCACAGGACGGAUAUCUGAGAAACAUCCUCAAGCCACCUGUGGUGUGGAGGAACUAGAUGAACUUAUUGGUGGCUUUGGUGAUUCUCGAGUCUUUGAAAUAUCUGGAGCCAAAGGAUCCGGCAAAACGGCACUUGCGCUGCAAAUAGUGAUCCAAUGUCUUCUUGCUAAUGCAGAUUCUUGUGCGUUAUGGAUUGAUACAUCCGGUGACUUCUCUGCAGAGAAAACUGCUCAGCUAGUGCGACAUUUUGAUGUAGCGGUAUCUGGUAAAGUGCUAGAGAGGUUGCAGGUAUCCUUGGGUUUCAACAUCGAGACAGUACACGAUGUCCUCGAAGCGCUGCGUAUUUCGCUUUUGAGUUCUAGGACCGUAGAACCAACAGUCCAGUGGAUAGUCAUCGACUCCAUAACCCCACUUCUGCUGCCGUCCCUAAGUGCGGUAUCUUCCCAAGGACAUGCCAUGAUGACAACGUUUAUGCGCCAAUUACGCGAGCUUGCUCGAACUUUCGGGAUAACUGUCAUGGUGAUCAACGGAACAUCAGCAGCUGUACCAUUCAAUCAGAGUUCCGCAUUUGCAUCAACAAUCAGAAAACCUGCUUUGGGUCCUUCAUUUACAUUUAUGACAGAUUGCACCCUCUGGUUAUCGAAGACGAAAGAUAUGCCUGAUCCCGAGGGCUCGUUCUCGUUGCAUGUGGCAGAAGUAUUCCGUUCGAGGGCAACGAGAUCAAAGACUUGGUGUACCUUCCAAAUUCGUCAUGGCGUAUUAUCCUCGAUGUCGGAUUUGUAGCUAUCUCCUCCCACAGGUCAUUUCUUGGCAUAAUACGCAUAAUGUCCGGCUUGACCUAGUGGCUCGCUAACAAGCAGAAUUAAUUUGAACUACAGAAGCAGAUUGCGUGUCGUUGCGAAACAGUUAUGGCACAGAAGUGAAUACAAACUACAAGGUGAGUUAAGUACACGAUGUAUCCUUCCUAAACGUCCUCUACCGUUACCUCCCUCGAAGCAUGAAAUUCAUGACCCCAAAA